AAACCGUGCAUUUGCAAAUACCAAUCUCUAACGCAACGCAAUCUUCAUCAAAAUGUGCUCAUUCUCCAAUGUUAUGUGAACAACGUUGCUGGUAGCUGCUUUGGUUUUCUCGGCAUCCAACGCCCAUAAAAAAGUUUUUGAAAACUCAACAAAAUUCUAUUACUUUUAGUAAUAUUUCGAAGAUUAGAUCCAAUAUCUAUUUAUUGAUUUUGAUGUGUAGGAAGAGGAGGCGGCGGGAGUGGAGGUGGUUACGGUGGCUAUGGUGGCCAACAAAGUCUAGGACAUGGCGGUGGUCAUACAUUACCGAUGAGUUCGGGACACGCUGGCCAUUCGACGCAUGGAGGAUACGUAGGCAACGUCUCUCCGAUGAUAGGAGGACACCACAGCAGCCACACAACACCCGUGAGCGGGGGGUACGGAGGUCAAAUUGCGCCAAUCAGCGGAGGAUACGGUGGUCACACAUCACCCGUGGGUGGAGGGCAUUUCAGUAGUCAUGCUGCCCCCGUUAGUGGUGCGUAUGAUGGACAUGGUGCACCAGUUGGUGGAGGAUACGGAGGGCAUCCUUCUCCUGCAAGCGGAGGGUACGGCAGUAGUCAAGCGGUCCGUCGGCCUAAGAGUGGAGGCUACAGCAACAAUCACACGUCCCCUGUGAGCGGAGGAUAUGGUAGUCAUGUUGCGUCAAUGAACGGAGGAUACGGUGGUCAUGCUUUGCCAACCAGCGGAGGAUAUGGAGGUCAUGCAGCAUCGGCAGCCAAAGGUUACGGUGGCCACGGAUCGCAUAGGGGUGGAGGACAUGGAGGUCAUUCUGCGCCGAUGAGGGGAGCUUAUGGAAGUCAUUCUGCUGGAAAAGGCUACGGUCGUUAAGAAAGAUUAGUUCAACAUUGGCAGUGACAUGGUUUGCUAAACAUUCGUACUAGUUUCUUUCGAAAUGUUUACCAAAAAUACGAUGAAAGGAAAGUUAGCAAAAAUGUUAUAUUCCAUGCAGCUAGGACACAUAUUCAAUGGCAUCUUCAUAUCUGUAUUCUUCCCACUCCAAUCGAAUUAGCCAUAUGGCAAUAGACACAACCUGCAAAGAAAUGUUUACCCCUUGUUCCAGUGAAAAGAUUCCGGAAAAUAAACG